CUUAUUAACUAUAUAAGUAGUGAUCACUAGAUAAUUGACUAAAUAUAUUUUGCAUUUUCGUAAAAGGGCAACCACAACAAAUCGUAAUCAUAAUAAUAAAUUAAAAGACUAAAAGAAUUAAAAUAAACCAAAGCAUUCGGUCCCAACUUGAUGACAUCCCUGAAAAAAAAAACCUUUUAAGAAAUUUGUGCUUUAAUCCCUUAAAUCUUGAAUUUAUUUCUUUUGAUCCUUCUGCUAGUAUAUAUAAGGUUCAAUUAAUCGAUAUAUGCCUUUUGAUCUCUCUUACUAUGUGCCUCCACAAUUUAAAUAAUUGAUAUGUUAAUUUGCCUAUGUUUGUCUUCUGUUUCUCUCUAAAAGAGUUUAAGAUGAUGAAAGCCGUAGGCUUGCGGAGCGGAUGGACAUUUUUGACACUAUUUAUCUGUAUUCUAAUAAGUCUUUUAGUGCUUCUUCUGCGCCGCACUCCGCACAAAAGAAGCUGCAAUUUAUUCAGAGGAAAUUGGAUUAAAGAUGAAACUAAUAAUUAUCCUCUCUACAAUUCAACUCAUUGUCCUUUCAUUGAGCGUGAAUUCAAUUGCCAGAGGAAUGGUCGUCUAGAUAAAGAUUACCUUAAAUAUAGAUGGAAACCCCAUGCCUGUUCCUUAACAAGAUUUGAUGGAGGAGCAUUUUUGAAGAAAUUCAAAGGAAAAAGCAUAAUGUUUGUGGGAGAUUCUCUUAGCAGGAAUCAGUGGCUGUCACUUGUAUGCAUUCUUUACACAUCACAGCCCAAAGCCAAUUAUAAUACAACAAGAGUUGGUGAUGUCUCCAUUUUCACCUUUUUGGAUUUUGGGGUGCAAGUGAUGUUAGACCGGAGUGUAUAUUUAGUGGAUGUUGUGAUGGAAAAAAGGGGCAGAAUAUUAAAACUAGACUCAAUUGAAGGUGGCAAAUUGUGGAAAGAAAUUGACAUGCUCAUCUUCAACACUUGGCAUUGGUGGAGUCGUAGAGGAAUCACUCAACCAUGGGAUUAUAUUAAAGUAGGAGGCAAAUAUUACAAAGAUAUGGAUCGUAUGGUUGCUUUUGAGAAAGCCUUGCUUACAUGGGCCAAGUGGAUUGACACCAACAUUGACCCUUCAAAACAAUUGGUCUUCUUUCAAGGAGUUUCACCAUCACAUUACAAUGGCACCGACUGGGGUCAACGAGGCGUAAAAUCGUGCUCGGGGCAGAGGCAGCCGCUAAGCGGAUCGACGUAUCCAGCAGGUCUACCGCCAGCAUUGUCAGUGCAAAAAAAUGUAUUAAGAAUAAUUAAAAAGCCAGUGACAUUGCUUGAUGUGAGCAAUCUUUCUUUAUUACGUAAAGAUGGACAUCCUUCAAUUUAUGGAAUGAAUGGAAGAACAGGAAUGGAUUGUAGUCAUUGGUGUCUAGCAGGAGUUCCUGAUACUUGGAAUGAAAUAUUAUAUAACCUUGUUAUUUGAUUGUUAUAUAUUUUGUAACUCAUUAUACUACUUAUAAUUCUUCAAACACUUGAAACGAUUCUAUGGAAUCAUAGAAAACGAAAAGAAUUCAUUA